AAAAUAUCCCAACUCUCAAAUCCAACUCUUAAAAUCCCCAAAUACCCAACCUCAAACUUUUCCCUCAGAACUCCACCAAUGGCGCCUAAAGCCGAGAAGAAGCCCGCCGAGAAAAAGCCAGCUGAGGAGAAGAAGUCCACCGUGGCUGAGAAAGCCCCCGCGGAGAAGAAGCCCAAGGCCGGCAAGAAGCUUCCGAAGGAAGCCGGAGCCGCCGCUGGAGAUAAGAAGAAGAAGAGAUCGAAGAAGAGCGUCGAGACCUACAAGAUCUACAUCUUCAAGGUGUUGAAGCAGGUCCACCCUGAUAUCGGAAUCUCCAGCAAGGCCAUGGGCAUCAUGAACAGCUUCAUCAACGACAUCUUCGAGAAGCUCGCUCAGGAGUCUUCGAAGCUUGCGAGGUACAACAAGAAGCCGACGAUUACUUCUCGGGAGAUUCAGACUGCUGUGAGGCUUGUGCUUCCCGGUGAGCUUGCCAAGCACGCCGUUUCUGAAGGGACCAAGGCGGUGACCAAGUUUACAAGCUCUUGAAGGGCCUUGUUGGCCUGUGGAUCUGAUUGGCUACUCUUUAAUUAGGGUUAGGGUUUUAAUUAGUAAAUGUGUAUUUUUCUUUCUUUGCUUUAUUUUGAUGUGGAUUUGGAUCAGCUUGAUCUGAUUAUAUAGGUUUUUUUAAAUUGGGAAGCCUGUUCUCACCGUAUGAUGUUUGAUACAAUGCCACACUGAAACUUGAAUGUGAUUUGUGACCCAAUUGGUUUUGGUGCCCCUAUUGCUUCAUUGCUUCGUUUUUGUGAAAGAUUGGGUUUCUGUGAUA